UCAAUCUACCAAUAGAACGCCACGCCUCCCGUGUUUGCACAAGAGCAAUGUUUAGGAUUUUUUCUGAGGAGCUAUUCCAUUCUGGACCAUAUGAAGUGAAGGGCAACCAGCUUGAUGGGAAGAUGAUAGUAGAGCAUGUAAAUGCUGAGACCAGGAAACGCUGGUGCAAGGUCAAUUACGAAGUAGAUGUGGACAGAGAAAGCGACACAUACAUAUGCGAGUGUGGCAUGUUUGAGCAUUCUGGCAUUUUGUGCAGGCACAUUCUGAAGGUCAUGCUUCAUGUGAAGCUGCACACAAUUCCAAACCAGUACAUACUAAAGAGGUGGACAAGAAAUGCACGCGACAAUCUACCGAAGCAUCUGAAGUGCUACCAGGAGGAUGCAAGUGUGCAAGUAUCCCAGACAUUCAGACACAAUCUCAUAUACGUGAAAGCACUUGAGCUAGCGAAGUUGGCAAACACGGCUGUCCCGACAUUUCAGCAUGCAAUCAAUAAGUUUCAUGAAAUGCAGGGAGAGCUGCUCAAAAUGAUUGCCAUUGGGGGGUAUGAAAACCCUACAACAAAGAUCAGGAGUUCAUCUGGUACAAUGGGAGACGGGGGGAGCUAGGACAAGAUUGACGCCAAUAGUACACCUGAUGCUACAUGUAACUAGGGACUGCAUGACGACGAGCCUGUCGAAGACAUGGACCAAGACAUUUAUGAAGACGUGCUAGCUCCUGAAAAGAAAAGAUCAAAGGGGAGGCCGAAAACCAAGCGCAUGAAAUCAUCAUCAGAUAUUGGUACAAGAAACAAUAAGAGAAGCUGCUCCAUAUGUGCGUCCGAAGAGCACAGCACAAACUCAUGCCUGUGCAUUGAGGUUCCUGCAGCCGACCCCCAGGGCCCAUAUGCUCUGGACGAUGAUGUAGCAGGGGUGGCGGGGGCAGCUGAACGCAACAUCCUCGCACCAGUGGGGAGCAAUGCAUUUGGGCGAGACGAGGAGGCAGAGCAGAACACAAUAAGCCGUUCAAAUCAGAGAAACAUCAACAACAAACCACCCUCUGCUCCCAGGAAAUGCAAGAACUGCAACCUAACUGGGCACUAUGUGAGCACUUGUCCGAUAUACAAUGGCCCCAGGAAGCCACCCAAAGAAGUCAAAUGCACAAAAUGCAAGCUGGGGGGUCACUACCACACCACUUGCGGCGGUGAUACAACCUACAAGCACAAGCAUGAUCCUUAGAUCAACAUAGCAGCUGAAAGUUUCGCGGAACCCCUCCCGAUCAUGAAAAAAUGGCCACAUCUUGCACUUAUCAACAUGCAUAUCCCCCAUCCACCAUGAGCGGAGUUAUAUCUUUCGGACUAAUAUUUAUGUUUUCCUAGUUGAAAACUGUGUAUUUGGAGAUUUUUUUACCUAUUUGUUGUAAGCUAACUAUUUAUUAGCACAUGUGUGUUUUAUUCAGUA